CGUAGGAGCAGCCACGUUCCGGAAAACCGUAAGAGAUCUGGCCCAAGAGGCGCGGAAUCAAGAGAAAAUCCUAGCCUAGGACGCGGCGUCGGUGCCGGCGGAGAGAGGCGGAGCCCGCAGUCGCCAGGCCGGCGCGCAGUGGCGCCCGCGCCCCCGCGCGCGUCCCCCUACCAGCCUCCGCGGGAUGGCACCGGCGGGAGGGGGCGGGGCCGGGCGCUGCUGCCUGCUCCGCGGCGGCCGCCUCCGCUGCGGCCGGAAACAAUAGUGGAGGAGCCUGAGCCGCGCGGAACGGCUGCUGCGGCGCGCGGAGCCGACGGGACAGUAUGAACGAAGAGGAGCAGUUUGUAAACAUUGAUUUGAAUGAUGACAACAUUUGCAGUGUUUGUAAACUGGGAACAGACAAAGAAACACUCUCCUUCUGCCACGUUUGUUUUGAGCUAAAUAUUGAGGGAGUACCAAAAUCUAAUCUCUUGCACACCAGAUCGUUAAGGGGCCAUAAAGACUGCUUUGAAAAAUACCAUUUGAUUGCAAACCAGGAUUGUCCUCGAUCUAAACUUUCAAAAAGUACUUAUGAAGAAGUUAAAACUCUUUUGAGUAAGAAGAUAAACUGGAUUGUACAGUAUGCACAAAAUAAGGAUCUGGAUUCAGAUUCUGAGUGUUCUAAAAAUUCCCAGCAUCACCUGUUAAAUUGCAGGCAUAAGCCUGAUAAAAAGUUACUCCCACAGUUUGACUCUCAAGUACCAAAAUAUUCUGCAAAGUGGAUAGACGGAAGUGCAGGCGCCCUCUCAAACUGUUCACAAAGAAUAUUGGAGCAGCGGGAAAAUACAGACUUUGAGCUUGCUGUGUUGCAAGAUUCAGGUGCCACUUUAUGCCACAAUAGUGUAUUGUGGCCUCAUAGUCCCAGCCAGGCACAGAAAAAAGAAGAAAUAAUCUCUGAUCCAGAGGCUAAUGUCCAGGCCCAGCAUCCGUGUUACAGCAGAGAGGAAUUGAAUUCGAUGACUCUUGGUGAGGUAAAGCAACUGAAUGCAAAGCUGCGACAGGAAAUACAGGAAGUUUUUGAAGAGUUAACACACCAAGUGCAAGAAAAAGAUUCUUUGGCCUCAGAGCUCCAUGUCCGCCACGUGGCCAUCGAACAACUCCUCAAGAACUAUUCCAAGUUACCAUGUCUGCAGCAAGUGGGGCGAACAGGAACGAAGUCACACCUACCCAUAAACAACUAAACCAAACUUAAUAUUUCCUUCCUUUGCCCUCAUGCCCCUACCAUUUGUUGGUCUGCCAGGCAUGCCGACUUUAAAGAAUUUGAAGCAAGUUAUUGGUCCCAUUUUUUUAUGGUCCUUAAAUUUGCAAAGCUGAAGGCAGUAUAUAACAUCUUUGUCAAAUAAAGCAGAUCGUUACACUCUAGUCUUCUAGGAUUAAUCAUUUUGGUCAUUCUGGGAAUCUUUCUUCCCUUUAUUACUAAGUGGCCCUCUCUAACUUAACACAAGUGACUACUGUUACAAUGUGAUUUGAUUAAACAUUUUAAUGUAAUUCACCUGCCAAAACAAUAGAAAAUUAAAAAACUUAUACUAGUCUCAACUACUAAAGAUAACUUUUAAGAGGGAAAUGGAAUUCAUAAUACACCUCUUAUUUAUUAUGAGCAAUAUUUUAAUAUGAAAGUUUUAUAUAUAAAAAUGCUAUUUUAGGUACCUUUCCAUUCUCUUUAUAAAUAUGUAUUUGAAUGCCUCUGUAUAUUAUAUUUACACUUUUCCUGUGUGACUACGUUUACUCAUAUUUCAGAUCACUGCAUUUUAUUCUCUUAAUACACUCUUUUUACUAUUGUUUUCCAAAGAUAAAUGUAUUUUGAAGUAGAAAUCUAUCUAGUUGAGUUGUUUUGACUUCUAAUAACUCUUAUGAAAGAGGAAUUAAUAACUUUUUAAAGCAAGUAUCCAAGAAAAAAGUACAUUAUUUUUUUUCUAAAAACAGUUCUGAGCUCGUUCAGAAAGAAAAUGCUAAUCUAGUUUUCGUAUGUCAGCUUGUCUCCGUAGAAAUAAAAACCUCUUCUACUUCAUUAUUACUUUCAUUCUAAUGACUUUGAUGUGUUAGAAUUUGGACAGAAUAAGUCAAGCCUCACUUCCAAGUCCAACGUAAUAUAUGUCAAAUUGAAUGUGCUGCGAAAUUGUUGUCCUAUCUUUGAAAAAAAUUUAAAAUUCUUCUGUGUGCCACUUCAGAUACAGGCUCAAGAAUCCUGAAACUGUCCAAAUUCUCUUAUCAGCAUUACUGAUCCAAAGAGAGCAUUGUGAGGCAUUUUUCCAAACUUUAGAAUUUAGUGGAAAAGAGAAGACUGCUUGACACAGGAAAACAAAACUCUAAUUCAAAAAAAAAUAAGCCCAUUUUAAAAAGAUAUUCUUGUAAGUUGCCUGUGAUGUUUCCAAAGAAUUCUGAGCUACUGUAUCAUUUUAAACAGUUAGAUAAGUUUUAUAACAAUGUGUUAUAGUAAAAGUUAUAACCAAUACAGAAUUAAAAUGGGCUCUAAAUUCUGUUUUCUGUUGGUACUUAGCUUGUAUUUAUGAGGUAAGAUCUUUGCUUGAAAGAAUCUACAGUGAAGCCCAUUAACUUGGCGGCUUCAUGCAUAAAGAUAUGAAUGACUUCUAUUUUAAAUUUGGCAGCCUGCCCUGGCUUGGGUCAGAUUUUAGUCUGAACACAAACAGUAUUUGACUAAGCAAAGAAGCGCCUCAGUCUAGUAGAAGACAAUUUUUUUGUAAUACUAACAUGUGUUAAAUUUGCCUGAGAGUAUUAAUUGAUAUCUCAAUUGAUUUUGUUUUGUUUUCAUGUAAGUCUGACAUAACUGCUUUUCGGAUGGAGUUUUUGAAAAAUGCUUUCAAUUUCUCUGACUUUUUCAAGGCAUCCAAAAUGAAUUUGAAAUCCAGGGAGUGUGGGGAUACAUUGCCUUAGUUUUGAUAAGCUUUAAACUGAAUGUGUGCAAUAUACACAAGUUGAAUAAAGACAUUUCCUGAUGAUGCCAGUAAAUAGUAAGUGUUUAGUUGUUAGGUCACAUUUUUUUAAUUUGACUUUACUCUUUUUUGGUAUAAUUCAUCAAGAAUGUUACCAGCCGUGCGCUUGCACACAUUUGUGCUUCUAUGUAGAUCACUUAGGGACAGUCAUAAAAGUUUGGGAUGUGUUGCAUUUGGUAUCAGUAGUAGUCUAUUUCCAGAGUAUGAGCCAUAUGGUGUGGUCCUAAAUGUAACAGUGUUAAUCCAAAGAAAAGUAUUUGCUUUGUUUCUGGCAAAUAUGUAGCUUUACUAAUGAGUUUGGAACAAUUGAGUGGGAUUGUGUUUGUAUUAAGGUCUUAACUGAGGAUUCUAACAUUUCAUUAGAUCUUUCUACCUAAGUUCUUCAAAGGAAAGGUGCUGUAAAUAAUCUGCGGUGCUGGUACUCACACUAGUACUUUAUUUGGAUGAAUACUGUAAUGGAAGAAUUUUUCUUGAAGGAUUUUGCACAGCAGUUUAUCCAGCCAUUUGGUAAACUUUGAUUCCUGUGUUAGUUUUCUUGAUUGAAUGAAGAUGCAAUUACUGUAUAUGCCAAAAUAAGGGAGAGUUGAGUUCUAUCUGGAGAAUAUGAAAUACUACAAAUAUUGUUACCAUCCUUGGCUAUUCUUCUGUACAAUUGUUAGUAUUUUUUGAGGAAGUAUAGAAGAAAAUCUCAGCCAUCAGUUUCAAAAAUGGCAGAAGGGAGAAGACUGCCAAUCUAACAUUUCCAGAGCUUAUAUGAUUAAGGGGAGUGAAAUAAGACGGUUUUUUCAUGUUAGAUUUCAUAAUUAAACAAAUUGGAGUUUUAAAAAUCAACUUAAAGUCCAAAAUGAUUUUGACCACAUGAAAUUGUUCACUUUAGAAAUUAAAGUUUUCAAAUUUGUUCAGACUUUAAAUUAAGGUAAAAAUCUACUUUAAGAUCAUCACUCUUUGAUCCUAACAUUUAAUAUCCAAAUUAGUCUUUUUUUUUUUUAGGGAAAAAAAAAAAAGGCAUGCACUUAGGACACCAAUAAUAGGUGAUGCAGACAGCAAAAUAGUGUUUUGUUCCAUUAUGUAGUUCUUAGAUGUUGGAGCAAAGAAAUGUUCUUAGUUUUUCAAAUUUAUGCACAUUUCACCACAAAGUGCCCAUUUUUAUAUACACUUGAGAAUUAUUUUUAAAAUAAUAAGUUCAUGUUGGAAAGUGAUUUCAAAAAUAUAGUCAAAGUAUAUUUUAUUGGCAUCUUGACAGGCAUCUUGAGAUUUCUUGGGUUUUUCAUUUGACCACAUUCUUUAACACUGAAAAUGGUAUAAAAUGCUUUCUUUUUUGUUUAGAUAUUUUUUACCUAGGUGUUUACACUGUUGAGGCUUCUUUUUCCUAGGUUGUUUUUUUUUUUAAUUAAUUUUUGAGGGUCUAUUUGCGUGUGUUGAUGUUUACCCAUUUUGCUUUUAUUUUGUUUUUUAAAAGAAAUCUGCUUGUGUCAUUAAUGUUGUAAAAUGCAAUUCAAAAUGUAUAGACUCUAAAUUUAAGAACUUUUAAAGAAUAAAUUAUUUGUUUAGCUUAGAAGGAGGUUCAGUUGGUGACCAUAAAAUUAGGUUGUGACAUAAAAGUUUUCAAAUGGGACAGUGUAAAGUUCUAAUAGUGUUUCUUUUUUUCUGAUUUACUGACAGAUAUUGCUUAUACUGAAGUAAGAUAUCUGAGUAUUUCUAAGUACUUAAUAAAAAGUUUAGUACUCUAAAACGUUUUUUAAAGAUCUUUUGUUCGGAUGCAGCUAUAAUGCAAGGGUGAUUAAUUCCAUUUCAGUGUUUUUUAAUUGCAUUAUUAACUUCAGAUUGGUAGGAAUAAUUAUGGAGGAAAUUUGUGGUGAAAAUCAAAAAUAAAAGUAAAACUUGUAAGAAAUAAAGAGAAAACCUUCAAAAGGUAAUUCUUGCCAUGUUAAGUUUUGUGGUGAUAUCAUGGGAAGGACUUUAUUUACCAAAAAAAUAAGGUAAUAGGGCUCCCGCACAAGGAAAGGUAUCUUGGAGGAGGGCUCUAGAACAGUGGAAUUACGAGGUUCUGUCCUAGCUCAGUAUAUUCAUUAACUUCUUCCUUUCCCAAUUGCUCUUGUUACAGAAUUUAGUCUAACCUAUUAAGCAACGUGGUCAUCUUGCUAUGAACCAAUCAUAGCAAGUCGCUAGCAUUAGAUUUUUUUUUAGCACCUAGCUUGUAACAUAUAUUUUCCCCAUUCUCUUUGGUUUAAAAAGUGUCCAGAUUAUGAAGGCAUUUUAGUAAUAUUGAAUUAGUACACAAUUUUAAGCUUACCAAAGUAAAACAGAAAUAUGAAGAUGAGUAUUACCCGCCCCCAUAAAUGAAGUGUUAGUUGAACUUUCCUCAACUGUUUACACAGCAAAGGGAACUUUAGCAAAUAUGUGUUUCUUUUUUCAAACAUGGGUAGGAUGUUUAUUUCCAUUCUUCUGCCUCCAAAAGAGGCAGUUUACAAAGUGUUCAGUAGUGACUUCUGCUUAAAUACCACCAUCCCUACUUUUACAGUCCAUGUGUGUGUGUUAACUUUGUUUUAAAUCUGAGUGUAUACUGUGAUCAUUGAACUUGCUGUUAGAAAUUUAUUUUACAAAAUUGUGCUAGGGUCUUUGGGAAAAGAAAAUUAAACUGUAGUCGUGAAGAACCAGUUGGUUUCAAAAGAGUUUUAGACCUUACUUGGCUAUGUUUUUUCUUUUAAAACUGCAAUAAUUUAUAUAUUUGUAUUGUUCUGCUUUGGAAAUGUAACUACAUAUGCUUGUCUACUAUUUUUAAUUUUACAACAAUAAAAUAAAUAUUUUGUUAUCUGUUA